AUGCCAAAAUUAAUAAUUAAAGGAGCUAACGGUAUUCAGCUUGAUAUUGAAUGUGAUGAAGCAACGAGGCAGUCUCUUCUGAGUGGGGAUACAGACCCACAAUUAAAGGACAUGAUCGUCCAAAUGCUGAUUGAACAGCAACGUCCUGAGCCCCAGGCAUCACUAGGUUUCCCUCUUCAACCAACAGCUCCUCCCCUUUCAAGUGCGUCCCCAUCCUCAGGCGAUGAAUCUUUGAAUGCAGGUCUCCAUUUAUGGACAGAUAAGCAAGAAAACUUGCUUGUCCACCUCCGUCAUGACAGGCAAGACUUGUUCGAAAAAAACAAAAAUCAUGUGAGUUUGUGGACUCAGAUCUCAAGAGACUUAUCCAAUGCUUUCAAAGUAAAAAUAACACCGACACAGGCCAUAAACAAAUACAACAAUCUUAAGAAAAGAUGGAAAGAAAUAAUCGAUUCUGGAACUGGUACUGAGAGGAAGUAUUUUAGAUUAAAAGAAGACUUUGAUCUUAUGUAUGGAACAAGACAAUCUACAAAACCUGCUUUCACAAUCGACAGUUCAAGUAGUGAUUGCAUUGAAUGUCCCACUCCCUCCCAUGCUAAAACAGUCACCAAGUCAAAGAGUCCAAAAAAAAAGUUGCAAAAAUGUGCAAAAAAGAGGAAACGCACUGAAGAAUUGCUGGAACAGCUUGAUGCAAAAGAAAAAGAUUUUAAUGAUAAAAUUGAGAAAUUCCAUGCUGAAAAAAUGAAAAGGAUGGACAGAUUCCUGGAUUUGUUCGAGAAGAGUAUUGAAAAAAAAUGAAAAAUAAAGUAUUUUUAUACUCAGACAAGACUUAAUUGAAAGUGCCAUAAAUAGAGUUUUGAUU